CAGCAUGGCGACCAGAUGGAUAUGUGCGACACUUUCCCCUGUCCUGCUAAUUCUUUCGCUGUGUAGCUUUUUAUGUCGAAUCACGACAUCAGAACAGCCAGCUGUCCAGAUUCUGGAGGCACGGGAACUGUUGUAUUACACGUCCUAUUCCAACGUUCAAAUAUUUCAUUAUAAUGUGCCUGUUCUAACUUACGCUGCAGUUUGGGAGUUCAAGGCCAACAUCAGCCACUACUGUUCUCCAAAACCGGUGUCCGUGUACCUACAGUACGGAAGUUAUCCUGUAGUAAACCCACAAAACGAAACAUUUCCACGCGGGUUCCAUCUUCGUCGUCAGCAUCUCCAUCACGUGACUCUGCUUACGAAUUCGGAGACUGCGCAGUUGAAUAUCUCCUGCCCUCUCUCGGGAGAUUGGUAUGCUAUCGCUUUCGUAGCCGAGAAAUUUGACAACAUAGUACAGAUGGGAAGUUAUCUUCCAUGUCAAGCGUGGUUAACGUCGAAUUUGAUAACUGAAACCGUUGAGGAAGUGCCAACUCUGUCACCGGGUCAGCCGUUACCACAACAGAUAUCAGCACCACACUACUACAGAUUUUAUGCUCCACGAGACACUUGGUCAGUAACGGUCACCGUUACGAGCUGUGCUUCAAUACCUGUAGCCACGGAUGUCCAAUGUCCACUGGUAUUUCUAGUCAGACCCAAGGCACUUCCUUCUGUUGUCCAAGAUGUACUCGACCAAACUGUGAUUGAAUGCACACGGACCUCACUUGGAGCAGAUUGUGCUGCCACUAUAACCUCUAGCGACGAGAAUUGGAACUACAUUUUGGUGGAAGUAGUGCGAAAUACAACCAUUGAGUUCAGUAUCCAGGUGGAUUUUACAGUUUGCCAAGAAACUGAGAAAGAUCCGAACAAGCACGUGACGGUACCACGAGCGGGCGGUCAUACACACCACACAGAAGCCAAAGUAGGCAGAAAAAAAGAGCUAUCUAGAAAAUCACCGCAGCUACUCGAAUCUCCGCAAACACUGAAGUACGCUACUCCGAAUCCAGUCUUCUCUCACAUAGACAGCUGCUCGGGAUGUUGCUGGAAGAGGAUACCUUUAGUCCGCCACGCCGAGGGGGGAAAUUUUGCCUUCUGGUACGUUCCUUGGUCUAACAACAGAGGCACGCCUUUUCUAAAUAUCUCGACGGAGACGACGACACUGACAACGUUCGAAAUUUAUCCCGUCCGAGAUAUUGGUGGAACUUUGGAAGUUACAGUGGCUCUACCCGUUACCAUAAACAUCACGAUGAACAAUAUAUCCUUGACAACUUGUCUGGAAUAUGGUAUACGUCCCUCAUUGUCAGAAAAUGGAAGUUGUCGGACGGGGCUGGAGGGCAGCGUGAACACAAGCACAGCAACAAAUAGGGUGCUCACUAUGGUGGUGCCAUUUCCAGAGGCGGGGAUGUGGUAUCUCACCCUCACCCCUCAUUGCUACUUUCAAGAGAAAGAGGGGAACGAAAAUGAGGUAGUGGACGUCCGGUGUUAUGCUAACACAACCUCUGUUAACUUAAACGUCAACUCUUCGUCUUGUGUUGAGAACAAUUGUGGAGACCACGGCAAGUGUUACAGUUACUACAGCGGUGGAUUUGUGUUUAGUACUUGUGUUUGUUCUUCAGGUUGGCGUGGCUGGGGUUGUACAGACGAUACGAAUGCUGUUUCGGACGCCCAGCAACUCCUAGAAGUGUUGCUUCUUACUCUGAGUAACAUUGCCUUCAUUCCGGCCAUUCUUCUCUCGGUAUACCGACUCCACUACACAGAAGGGUUGGUCUACUUGUUCACAAUGUGCUUCUCUGUGUUAUACCAUGCAUGCGACGCCGAAGUUUACAAUUUCUGUAUGAUGAGACUAAGUGUUCUUCAGUUCUGUGACUUUUACUCCGUCAUAUUGGCUUUCUGGGUGACGUUAAUAGCGAUGGCGGACCUACCGACGACACUUCAAAGCUUAGCGCACAUGGCCGGUGCCGUGGGAAUCGCCCUCGCGGUGGAAUACGACAGGACAGGCUUGUGGGUUUUUGUGACGCCAUGUGGAAUAGGGCUUAUCAUCCUACUCAUAUCAUGGGUAAGUUAUCACACGCGAUAGGGUUUCUUAACCAUAUACAGUAAAACAUUUUAACCUACACGUGUGUAAAGUCUAGCUGGAUGAAUAGAUAAACACUCGUAGCCUGUCAGUAUCCUUGUCUACUAAACAACAGAGAAAUAUCAGUGAUGUGAUGUAGUUACUAUAGAUAAGUUUAACUGAAAGGGACCGAGGGAUGGUCACUCAGCAUUACCAUCCUCUAGAGAAUUAGAACAAGUAUCAGUGUUGUAAUGUAGUUACUGUUUAACUGAAAGGGACCGGGGGAUGGUCACUAAGCAUUACCAUCCUCUAGAGAAUAAGAACAAGUAUCAGUGUUGUAAUGUAGUUACUGUUUAACUGAAAGGGAACGAGGGAUGGUCACUCAGCAUUACCAUCCUCUAGAGAAUAAGAACAAGUAUCAGUGUUGUAAUGUAGUUACUGUUUAACUGAAAGGGACCGAGGGAUGGUCACUCAGCAUUACCAUCCUCUAGAGAAUAAGAACAAGUAUCAGUGUUGUAAUGUAGUU